GGGGGGCCGCAGGGGGUGGUGUGUAUAUUUUGCGGGACCGGCGAUGCGGCUUGGGCCUCCCCUUUCGCUUUAGCAGCUGCUCUGAUGGCGUCGUUCCGCGCGCUCGGGGCCUUGCGCCGGUACUUUUACACGCAUUUCGCCCGCAGGAGGUUCAACUUGUGCAGCAGGAGCCGCAGCCAGAGCCAGACCCCGAGCCAGAACCGGGCCGGGCCGAGAGCAGGAACCGCGAGCUCGGGUACGGGGCAUCCGGGGGUGACCGAACUGGACAGGGCGGAUGCCUGGAUGCUCAGGAAGGCCCAUGAAACAGGAUUUCUCUCCUGGUUUCGGAACGGACUGCUGGCGACUGGAGUGGGAGUGAUAUCGUAUAUGCAGAGUGAUACAGGGAGAGAGGCAGCUUAUGGAUUCUUCAUCCUCGGAGGAGUCUGCAUCUCCUAUGGGAGCGGCUCGUAUGUCGCUAACCUCUUCCUGCUGAGGAGGAUGAUGAUGCUGUCUGUGCCGACGGCUUUGGUGAGCGGCCUGGUGGUGGGGGCGGUGGCCCUGUUCUGGCUGUGCGCCGUCUCCCUUUACAUCGGGCGGCUCGAGGUGGAGAUCAUCCACGACGAGGAGUGCGAAGACUGCAAAUCGAAGGAGGACAAGAGCAAAUCGGACAAGUAACAAGGGCGGAAACAGAAGUGAAGCUUGAGUGGUUAAAGCUGGCUCUUGCAUGUGUAGAAAUCUGUAUAUACGUUUUAUGGCUGCACAGGAUUUAAGGUUCCUACAUUGCAGCAAUUGUCGACACAUCAAAGGUACCCCAUUGGCUGUACAGCACUUUGGGACAUCAGACAUCAUGAAAGGCGCUAUAUAAAUGCAAAUUCUUUCUUCUACUUAAUCAUGGGGUUAAAGAACAAAACAGUAAUUUGAAGAGCACGUGAUAGGAGUUCCUUUUUAUUUUGUUGCUGCAGUAGCUUGGAAAGAUACUGAGAUGUACCGAUCUGGGAGGUUAACCUGUCUCUUUGGUUGCACAGGGAAAAGGAGCCACUGCAAUCCAAGGCUAACAAUAACCAAAAUCCAGCCGGGAUUCCUUUUCCUGAUCAUUACUCAAUGACACUCCCACCUCCCCCGGCCGCCCUUCCCUUCCCCAAUGUCAGUGUCCCAAAUGUAACCGGCACGUUUAACGGAUGAGGAUAGGCUUGAGCUUGGCUGCUACCCCCUCACGUGGUCGAACAGCCCACAGCUGCUCGUCGCCUAGACUCCUGCGUGGAGAGUGGUUGUCAGGGCAGACGCUGGAGGGAGGCAGCGAGACUGUACCCAGAGUUAGUUGAGCUCCUUGAGGAAAGGAUAUCGGGAAUAAGCAAAGCCCAGCUUGCAAUGCUCCGAAAGGUCUUCUGCAAUGUAUUAUUCUGUAGUCUUACUCCCUAUUGAUGUCCGUGAACCUUUUAUCGCUCAUUGCUCUUUUUGCCCUCUGCUUGUGCCGUUCUCUUUCAAAGCUUCGGUGUGCUAAAGGCAACCUCCUAUCUUGGGGCUAUUUAUCGUCACCUCUUUGGGAUUGAGAAACCUCGGAGCAAAGCUCCAGGGGCCAGACACUUAACCGCUGAACACUGAACAUUUUAGCAAGUGGUAAAAGCAAAAUACUGCGGAUGCUGGAAAUCUAGAACAAAGCAAAAAUAGCUGGAAAAACUCAGCAGGUCUGACAG